AUGAACCCAACGGAAUGGGCAACUACUGAGUCAAAUACCUUAGUUCCCGAUACUGAUACAGUGAAUUCCCAAUCUAUCAGCAACAUAUCAGGCACUACAUAUAGAUACAAUAAGACUCGUCCACCGUGGUACUCGCAUAUGGAAACAGCGAAGACAGAACCAUCUGCAAACUUUGCUGACACCACCUCGUCGAUAUCUUCUAUUGUGACUAUGGAUACACACCCAAUUCCCACAACAGUCGCUUGUUUAUCUACUCAGUUUCAAUAUAGUAAUGGCCACUGUAUCCCAUCGGUUUUACGAUGUGAUGGAGUGAACAACUGCAAUGACGAUUCAGAUGAAGUAGGUUGUCAAGCUUGUUUAUCAACUCAGUUCCAAUGUAGUAAUGGCCAUUGUAUCCCAUCGGGUUUCCGAUGUAAUGGAAUCAACAACUGCAAUGACGAUUCAGAUGAAGUUGGUUGUCAAGGAUGUACGAUGGACCAGUUCAAAUGUCAGCGUGAAGCUUGUAUAGAUUUAUACCGCAUGUGUGAUGGCAGUACUGACUGUAAUCACCCUUAUGACGAGGCUUAUUGCAAUGGUUGUGGUGAAGGAAAUUUUCAGUGUAUGGACGGGCUGUAUUGUGUUCCCGACGUGUUUGUGUGUGAUCGUGGUAUCGACUGCCGAGAUGGCUCUGACGAGUAUGGUCCGCAGUGUUCAUGGUGCAGUGUAACUGAAUUCACAUGUGAUGGGACUAAAUGUAUACCAUUAUCAGAUGUUUGCAAUGGUGUUAGUAACUGUGAUGACAAUGCUGAUGAGAUCGAUUGUGAUCAUGUGUGUGGCCCUAGUAAAUAUUAUUGUGGCAAUGGUUACUGUAUUGGCAAUGAGUGGGUCUGUGAUACCGUCCUUGAUUGUAUGGAUAACAGUGAUGAGAAUGGUUGUGAGUAA